GGCUAGAGGGCCCUUUCUCUCAGACCUGCAUAUACCCCUUUAGUUGCUUUUCAGUCCCAUGUGGACCCCUCGUCUGCCUAAUUCCCAACACUCCGGACGGAGUCUUGCAUAAAUGGCGGAAGUCGAGAAUGGCUCUGUGAACGAGCCACCAACCCAAACAUCUACAACCCUGCCGCCGGUAGACAACAAGGAGGAUGUUGCCGGCGAUGUCCUAGCGCAUACGGAAUCACCUGUCGACGGAGAUAAACCCGCACCACCGGAGGUUUCGGAUAGUCAAGGAAUUGAUGCUCAGGGAUCAGAGGAGGCUCAUUCAUCACCAGAACAAUUGGAAACUGCUGAAAACACAGAGUCGCCGGGUCAAGCCCCAAGCUCUCCGGAGGAAGCCGUCGCAUCAUCAGAACCCAAGGCUGACACCGAGCCUGAGUCAACCUCGAAGCCCGAUACACAGGACCAACCUGCGGAGACAUCACCGGUAGUUCCGGCUGUCAAUGUUGAAGAGGAAUCUUCGGCUGACAAGCAAGAUGUUGCUUCCAUCCCGCAUCAAGAUGAGAUUCCCUCCGAUUCACGCAUGCGCUCCGAUUCAAGAUCGACGACAGCUACAUUUGCAACACAUCGCUCGGUCACGGUCAGCUCUACCGUUUUUAUUGUGACGGCGUUGGAUACAAUCGGCGCGUCUAAGGAAGCGCGGAGAAGCAAAGAACUUGAGGAUGCUGUGAAGAGUGCCCUCGCAAACGUCAAACAGUCGGAUGGCCAGCCCAUUGACCCUGAGCUUAUAUUCCGCCCUCUGCAGCUGGCCACGAAAACCUUCAGUAUUCCUCUACAGGUCACGGCCCUCGAUUGCAUCGGAAAAUUGAUAACCUACUCUUACUUCGCCUUCCCUUCAUCUCAAGAUGGGAAGACGCCAGAGUCGGAGGCCAACCCUGAACAGCCACCCCUGAUUGAGCGAGCAAUUGAUGCGAUCUGCGACUGCUUUGAGAACGAAGCCACACCCGUUGAGAUUCAACAACAAAUCAUCAAGUCACUCCUUGCGGCAGUUCUGAACGACAAGAUCGUCGUGCAUGGAGCAGGUCUCCUGAAGGCUGUCCGCCAGAUCUACAACAUCUUCAUCUACUCCAAAUCAUCUCAGAAUCAGCAAAUCGCCCAAGGGUCCUUGACACAGAUGGUCAGCACUGUAUUUGAUAGGGUCCAGGUACGGUUGGACUUGAAAGAGCUACGUUUGCGCGAUGGCGAGAAAGGCCAGACAGGCUCUUCGGAUGCUGUGACUCUAGAAACAGCCGACACACCACAAGCAACAGAAGAUGAUCACGACUCAGAUGCCCCAUCUGCCGUAGCCUCCGACCAGCCUGUCACGAAGGAGCCCGUGGAGAAAUUGACGUUGCAAAGUUUCGAGUCGAACAAGGACGUGACCUCGGUCAACGAUAAUGCUCCCACGAUGGUUACUCGUGCCAGAGGCAAUCAGAGAUCUGCUCGGUCAAUGUCUGCAGCCUCAGCAGAGGACAUUGACGGCACUUCCGAUGAUGAUGAUGAAGACGAAAUAUAUGUCAAAGACGCAUUUUUGGUUUUCAGGGCACUCUGCAAGCUGAGCCACAAAAUACUGAGCCAUGAUCAACAGCAAGAUCUCAAGUCUCAGAACAUGAGAUCAAAAUUGCUCUCAUUGCACCUUAUUCAUUACCUCAUCAACAAUCACGUUGUGACCUUUACAUCUCCUCUCCUGACUAUAAAAAAUAGCUCCAACAGCCCGGAUGCUAUGACACUACUACAAGCUGUCCGGCCUCACUUGUGUUUAAGUUUGAGUCGGAAUGGGUCUAGCUCGGUGCCUAGAGUGUUCGAAGUUUGCUGUGAGAUAUUCUGGCUAAUGCUGAAGGAUAUGAGAGUGAUGAUGAAGAAAGAACUUGAGGUUUUCCUAAAAGAGAUAUACUUGACUAUUCUCGAAAAGCGCAAUUCUCCCCUUUUCCAGAAACAGUACUUCAUGGAAAUCUUGGAGCGAUUGGCAGGUGAUCCGCGCGCCUUGGUGGAAAUGUACCUCAACUAUGACUGCGACAGAACCGCGUUGGAAAAUAUUUUCCAAAAUAUUAUUGAGCAGUUGUCACGGUAUGCAAGUAUCCCAGUCACAGUCACCGCUUUCCAGCAACAACAGUAUCAGGAGCAUCAUGUCAAGGUUUCGACUAUCGGUAACGACUGGCAUCAACGGGGAACUCUACCGCCCAACCUUACCACAGCUAGCGUAGCCAAUGUUCAUCAGCCAAACCUACAGCAUGUGCCCCCUGAUUAUAUAUUGAAGAAUCAGGCGGUCGAGUGCCUGGUGGAAAUCCUUCAGUCAUUAGACAACUGGGCUUCCCAGCGUUUGGUCGAUCAAGCGGCGCCAGUUCUUAACUCCUCUUCUCAGAAGUCAAUCGACAAUCCUAGGGAUUCAAUGGAAACGACUGCCGCUACCUACCUUUCUUCUCCGAGGAUCGAAAGCACCGACGGCAGUACCACACCUGUGGCGGAGGACGACCCGAGCCAGAUUGAGAAGGUCAAGCAAAGAAAGAUCGCGUUCACCAACGCCAUCCAACAGUUCAACUUCAAGGCCAAGCGGGGAAUCAAGCUCUUUAUCAAAGAUGGCUUUGUACGUUCCAGUUCACCGGAGGACAUAGCCGCGUUCUUGUUCCGGAAUGAACGGUUGGAUAAAGCCAUGAUUGGUGAGUAUCUCGGUGAAGGAGAGCCUGAGAAUAUCGCUAUCAUGCAUGCUUUCGUUGAUAUGAUGGAGUUUUCGAAGCGGCGCUUCGUCGAUGCUCUGCGUCAAUUCCUACAGCACUUCCGCUUGCCAGGAGAGGCACAGAAGAUCGAUCGCUUCAUGCUCAAGUUUGCAGAGCGCUAUGUAACGCAGAAUCCGAACGCAUUUGCAAACGCGGAUACGGCCUACGUUCUUGCUUACUCCGUCAUCAUGCUCAACACCGAUCAGCAUAGUGCCAAGAUCAAGGGCCGCCGCAUGACGAAGGAAGAUUUCAUCAAGAACAACAGGGGUAUCAAUGAUAACCAGGAUUUGCCUGAUGAUUAUCUUGGUUCCAUCUACGACGAAAUCGCAAACAAUGAAAUCGUGUUGGAUACUGAGAGAGAACAUGCUGCCAAUCUUGGCAUUCCGACGUCUGCACCCAGCGGUGGCCUCGCGUCCAGGGCUGGACAAGUUUUUGCAACGGUGGGACGCGAUAUCCAAGGUGAAAAGUACGCGCAGGCUUCUGAGGAAAUGGCAAACAAGACCGAGCAGCUUUAUCGUAGUCUGAUACGGGCUCAGCGGAAAACAGCUGUCAAGGAAGCUCUCUCACGCUUCAUCCCGGCAACCUCUGUCCAACAUGUUGGUUCCAUGUUCAAUGUCACCUGGAUGUCUUUCCUUUCUGGCUUGUCUGCUCCGAUGCAGGACACCCAAUACCUCGAAAUCAUCCGACUUUGCAUGGGAGGUAUGAAGUUGGCCAUACGUAUCAGUUGCGCGUUCGAACUUGAGACCCCGCGGGUCGCGUUUGUGACCGCCUUGGCCAAGUUUACCAACUUGGGCAACGUCAGGGAGAUGGUAGCAAAGAACGUGGAGGCAUUGAAAGCCUUGCUUGACGUCGCUCUUACGGAAGGAAACCAUCUCAAGGGCUCUUGGAGAGAGAUUCUCACCUGCGUCAGUCAACUCGACCGUCUUCAGCUCCUCACUGAUGGUGUGGAUGAAGGUUCCCUACCUGAUGUCUCUCGAGCUCGUAUCGUGACUCAGCCAUCCACGGACGGAUCUCGGAAGUCAAUGCAAGCAUCAAGACGGCCUCGCCCCCGGUCUAUCAAUGGACCUACAGCUUUCCGUACCGAGGUUGCAAUGGAGAGUCGAUCUGCAGAAAUGAUAAGGGGAGUGGACCGCAUCUUCACCAAUACGGCCAAUCUCUCCCACGAGGCCAUCAUCGAUUUCAUUAAGGCCCUCAGCGAGGUCAGCUGGCAAGAGAUCCAAUCGUCUGGGCAAACUGAAUCUCCUCGGACGUAUAGCCUGCAGAAACUGGUAGAAAUCAGUUACUACAACAUGACGAGAGUCAGGAUAGAAUGGUCAAAGAUUUGGGAGGUCCUCGGACAGCACUUCAAUCAUGUGGGUUGCCAUUCAAAUACCACAGUGGUCUUCUUCGCUCUUGAUUCGCUUCGCCAACUGUCGAUGCGCUUUAUGGAGAUUGAGGAGCUGCCAGGUUUCAAGUUCCAAAAGGACUUCCUCAAACCAUUUGAACAUGUUAUGGCGAACAGCAACGCUGUCACUGUCAAGGAUAUGAUUCUUCGUUGUCUCAUCCAGAUGAUCCAGGCACGUGGGGACAACAUUCGCUCAGGUUGGAAAACUAUGUUUGGCGUCUUUACGGUUGCUGCUCGCGAGCCGUAUGAAGGCAUUGUCAAUAUGGCUUUCGAGCAUGUGACCCAGAUCUACAACACUCGCUUUGGAGUCGUUAUAACACAGGGUGCCUUCCCUGACCUCGUUGUCUGCCUCACUGAAUUUUCCAAAAACUCAAAAUUCCAGAAGAAGUCGUUGCAGGCAAUUGAGACCUUGAAGUCUACUGUUACGAAAAUGCUGAGGACGCCAGAGUGCCCGCUGUCUCACCGUGGUGCAUCACCGGAGGGCUUCCAUGAAGAUGCUACCAACCUUUCCCAGCAGCUCACCCGUCAGUCCAAGGAGGAGCAAUUUUGGUACCCGAUCUUGAUCGCAUUCCAAGAUGUUCUGAUGACUGGUGACGAUCUUGAAGUCCGGUCACAAGCGUUGACGUAUCUCUUUGAGACAUUGAUCCGUCAUGGCGGUGAAUUCCCGCAAGAAUUCUGGGAUGUACUUUGGAGGCAGCUCCUGUAUCCUAUCUUCGUGGUGCUACAGUCCAAAUCGGAGAUGUCUAAGGUGCCUAAUCAUGAAGAGCUUUCUGUGUGGCUGUCAACCACCAUGAUCCAAGCACUGCGGAAUAUGAUUACUCUGUUCACCCAUUACUUCGACGCAUUGGAGUACAUGCUCGGUCGGAUUCUUGAGCUCCUCACUUUGUGCAUCUGUCAGGAGAAUGAUACGAUUGCACGGAUCGGUAGCAACUGUUUGCAGCAGCUAAUCUUGCAAAAUGUUACCAAAUUCCAGCUGGAACACUGGAAGAAGGUCGUUGGCGCUUUUGUCGAGCUUUUCAGCAAGACUACAGCUUACGAGUUGUUUACCGCUGCUGCGUCCAUCUCUUCAAAAUCGCCUGGCUCGCUGAAACCUGCAAAUGGAGAAUCAGCCUCGAAUGAAGAGUCGGGACAAGAGUCUUCUGAAACCGCAUCCGAUCAGGAACACGUCGCUGAAGCGCAAAAGGCCAAUGGAACGCAAAAUGUGACCUCUGAGCACGAAGAGGGUGACAUGCCUGCGGCCUCAACUCCUGCAUUGGAGGAUUACAGACCUCAGGCAGAUGCCCAGCAACAGCCGGCCGCAGUUACCGUGGCUCGACGCCGGUUCUUCAACCGUAUCAUAACCAAUUGUGUGCUCCAGCUGCUCAUGAUCGAGACUGUCCAUGAACUUUUUUCAAAUGAUAAAGUCUACGCCCAAAUUCCCAGUCACGAGCUGCUUCGCCUGAUGGGUUUGCUGAAGAAGAGUUAUCAAUUCGCGAAGAAGUUCAACGAGGACAAGGAAUUGCGGAUGCAGCUUUGGCGUCAAGGGUUCAUGAAGCAACCUCCCAACCUCCUCAAACAAGAGAGUGGAAGCGCCGCCACAUAUGUCCACAUCCUCUUCCGAAUGUAUCACGAUGAAAGAGAGGAGCGGAGAAGCAGCCGUGCUGAAACAGAGGCAGCUUUGAUUCCACUCUGUGCGGAUAUAAUUCGCAGCUUCGUCCGUCUUGACGAAGACUCUCAGCAUCGUAACGUGGUUGCCUGGCGUCCAGUUGUUGUGGAUGUCCUCGAAGGCUACACCAACUUCCCUUCCGACGGCUUCGACAAGCACAUAGGGACUUUCUACCCAUUAGCCGUUGAUCUCUUGGCUCGUGACCUGAACCCCGAGAUUCGGAUUUCACUCCAAUCCUUGCUGCGCCGAAUCGGUGAGGCGAAACUAGGUAUACCUGUCGGCCAAACAUCUCUGCAGUCUGGUCACAGGAACUCUGUGUCGAGUCAGUACUCCCGCAAACACAGCGGGGGACACUAGACGAGAAGACCAGUGCUUGAGUGUUUUGUGUUGAUGUUGUUGUUUUCACUAUUCGUUUUGCGCUUUUCUUGGAUAUCCUCCCCUACAGGACCGUAGGGCUUUUUAUCAAUCUGGAGGAGUAUUGAAUGUAGACCUAGCACAGCAUUGCAUCAUUUUCAAUUAUUACCCUUCAAGGCUGUUCCUUUCAACGGGCUUAUAUUCUAUGUACAAAAUAGUAAUUAUCAUGGGAGCAUUUCCGUUAAUGAUAGGUCUGAGUCACUAAGCGAUCAUCAAUAAAUUGGCAUGUCU